GCGACCCUGCCCGUGAGCAAUCUCCCAACUCAUCUCUGUUAUUAUGCGGCUUUUUAAAACCGACUGUUGAUAUCUGCUCGAUGUAACGGUGUUGCACUUUAUCCGUAGAUAACGGCCUCUGAAAAAUUCGUUACGAAAUGGUAGAGGUUUCUUCGAGUUCCGAAGAUGAAAAUGAGGUUGAAGCUCUGAAAGAAGCAACGGAUAAUCAAUUUUUAAACGAGACACUUUUUCAGAAAUCCCACAAGGACGAUGAAGAGCAUAUAUCAAAGAGUACUGUACAAGCUCCUCGCAAGGCUUCAGGGCGAUUUAUUGAGGAGACCGAACAAUUCAAUGACUUUGGAGCUACGAAAACUUUUAAGGAAUUUGUAGCUAAGAAAUUAACUGAAUUCUUGGAAAGAGACACGUUAGAAGUAACAGUAAAGGAUAAUAGGCUUCCAAAGGAAAUAAAAAAGGAAACCGAUGAGCCGUAUGGUAUUAAAUUAUUAAGUUCGUCAAGUAAUAUCCUGAGUGUGGAUGAAAAUGAAAAUCAGCAAAAUGACUCUAAAAAGCGAAAACGUAAGAAAUGUGUAAAAGUAAACGAAGAUGAAAAUAUUGCAAAGUGCCAAGAGGUUGCAGUUGAUGCCGAAUGGAUUAUAUCAAAACGUUGCAUUAACGGCUGGGUAGAGAAAUCGAAAGGUAUAACAUUUAAGUAUCAGAAAUUAAAUAAUGGUAGUUUGGUCGAAAAAUCCGAAUGAAUUUAAAGUAAUUCAUUCGUUCCCUAACACGUAGAUAUUGUCUAAAAUAAUUUUGAUUUAUUUCGUAAAUAAAUACCAUAUAAAAAUAAGGAGGAAAAAUAAAAAGAUGAGAAUGAAAAUCCCAUACUAACCUUUUCAUUUUAUUUAGAACUACAGCAUGAAACUAAAUUACUAAUUCGUUUGUACAGCUUUGUAUAUUCUAGGACAAUAAUUUUAACUUUACGAUAGAACUUUCCCAGUAAUAAGUAUUCCAUGUUUAUAUAAGCAAGAAAAUAAAUGACCACGUUUUUCUUUA